AUGCCUCCACUCCGCCGCCCCGCCUCCGGCUACCACAUCGUUAGGGCGCGGCCGAGCGGCCGGUUCGACGCAGAAAUCCGCUCCGGCGACGAGCGGAUCCGCCUCGGCACGUUUGAUACGGCGGACGAGGCGGCGCGGGCGUACGACGCCGUCGCCUGGCGAGUGGGCCGCUCCCGCCGCACCAUGAACUUUCAUGAUGUCUUCACACGGGAGCAAGCGAAGAUGCUCGCGCCGCCGCCGCGCGACGAGGUGAUGAGCCUCGAGUGGGCACGCCGCUUCCCCGAAGACGUCGCCGCGACGGAAGCCUUCUACGCGCAUAAGGAGGAGGAGAAGGCGGUGGAGAAGGCAAAGAAGAAAGCCAGCCGCGACAAGCGCCGCGCCGAGUGCGCGGCGAGGAAGGCGGCGAGGGCCGAGUAG